UUCACUAAUUUAAUAUCGAAGAAAAAGGAAGACAUUUCAAAGAAUGUCCACACAAUCUCCACAAAUUUCUCCAACAAAAAGCUUUGCCAAAGCCAUGGCACUUAUCACCUCUCCUAAUCUUUCAUUUUGAUAGACUCUUACACGCUUCGGUUAGGUGCAUUACGGGUCCUUCAAGUCCCCGUGUUCGGAGCGUGGAGGACCCCUUUCAUCCUCCUUUCCUCCAUCCCCUUGGUUUCCUGGAAAUACGUUGUUGCGUUUUCUUUCAAUUUUUCGUUAACAAUUUUAGAUUUUCUUCUCCUUGUAAAACUUCCUGUGAAACAAAUUAUGUAUAAAGGGUGUUAUACCGGAGUGGAUAGAAUGGUGAUAUCAGUUGUUAUUUGAAGGACUUCCAAAAUAUACAAAUUCCAUAUAUUUAUUUUUUCGUGUGCAUUGUCGUAAGAUUGUAUUUGUUUGUUAUCAUUCGAAACAAAUUAUAUUAUACGAUAGCAUAGAGAAUGAACUGUUUGCCAUGCCUUAGAAAGAAGAAUCCAGAAGAAAAAAAAUCAGGUGAAAAGAAGUCAGAUGGAAAGGAAGGUGAAGGGGAGUUGCCUGUGGCACAACCUAAAGAAGACCCCCUUUCCAAACAAUCCUCUUCUUCAAACAAACAAGAUGAAAGUAGUGACGACGAUUCUAUAGAUGAUCAACCAACAGGUUCAGCCCGUAGAUUCAAAUACAACGAUUUGGCCUCAGCCACCAACAAUUUCGAGUUGGAAUCUCUAUUAGGGGAAAGCGGAAAUGGAAAGGUUUAUAAAGGAACGCUGGUGGAUGACAAGGUUGUGGCUGUGAAGCAACUUAAGAAACAAGGAACAAAAGCAAAAAAGGAGUUCAUAGAAGAAGUGAACAAAUUGAGUGAUCUUCACCAUCCAAAUCUUGUCGAACUUUUUGGAUAUUGCGCGGAUCAUGUCAACAGGAUUUUGGUAUAUGAGUACAUGCCAAUGGGUUCGAUUAAAGAUCAUCUACAUGAUCUUCCUCCAGGCAAAAAACCAUUAGAUUGGAUCUCAAGGAUGAAAGUCGCAGCAGGAGUCGCACAUGCUGUGGAGCAUUUACAUGAAAAGGUUAAUCCACCAGUUCUAUGUGGUAACAUUAGAUCUACAAAUGUUUUGUUAGACAGAAAUUUUGAGCCGAAGGUUACGGAUUACGGGCUUGUGAAUCUAGAAAGCUCAUCCGGUAGUAAUGUGCAUAAAAGUGUGGUGGGAUCGGUUGGUUGUGCUCCAGAAUCCGAACAUACGGGUGAACUCACCGUCAAAUCCGAUGUCUAUAGCUUUGGAGUUAUACUACUCGAGCUUAUCACCGGGAGAAAAGCAUUGGACACCUCUCGGCCAACUAAGGAGCAAAAUCUUGUUUCUUGGGCACAAGCAUAUAUUAAAGAUCCAAAUAGAUUCCAAGAACUGGGUGACCCAAUGUUCAAAGGAGUAGUUCCAGAAAAGAAUAUAAAUAAAGCAAUUGAGGUGGCGGCUAUGUGUCUACAAGAUGAGUCGAGUGCCCGCCCGUUGAUAUCGGACAUUUUAGGAGCUCUAACCCUCCUCACCCUAGCUCAUCAUGAAGAGUUUACUACCCAACAAAAAUACCCGUCGUCAUCAUCAUCGUCAUCAUCAUCAGAUUCUGACUCAGAUACAGAGUUAGGUAUAAAGAUAGAGCCGUUUAACCGCCCUGAGCCUGAGACUAGGCCUGAACCUGAGCCUGACUCUGAUUCUGAUUCUGAUUCCGAGUCUGAGCAUGAAUUUGAGCUAGAGCCUGAGCCUGAGCCUGAGUCGGAGCAUGAGCUUGAGUCAGAGCACGAACUUGAAUGGGAAUCAGAGACAGACACGGAGACCGAGCCCGAACCCGAGCCUGAGCCUGAACCCGAACCUGAGCCUGAGCCAGAACUUGAUUCUACAGACUCGGAUUCAGAUUCAGACUCAGACUCAGAUUUAGAGCGGGAGCCAGUGUCCAAGCUCGAACCAGUGCUCGAGCUUGAGUCCAAGCCAGAACCAGUGCUCGAUCCAGUGUCCAAGCCUGAAACGGUGCUCGAGCAAGAGUCCAAGCCUGAACCAGUGUCCAAACCUGAACCAGUUCUGGCACCAGAGUCCAAGCCUGAACCAGUUCUGGAACCAGAGUCCAAGCCUGAACCAGUUCUGGAACCAGAGUCCAAGCAUGAACAAGUGGUCGAGCCAGAGUCCAAGCUCGAAAAAGUGCUCGAACCAGUGUCCAAGCCAGAACCAGUGCUGAAGCCUGAACUAUCCUUUGGUCAAAAGGAUGAAUCUGGGUCGGACCAUGGUUCUGAUGGUUCAUCAGGAACCGCAUACGGUGAAGAUGCUUACAGUGAAGAGGAUUUCUCUGACGAAGACAAAGCUAGCACAACAAUUCUCACAAAGUCAAAAUCUAAGGCCAGAAUGAAAGCAAAAUCCAGCAAAAAGAAAGUGAUGUUCAAAAUAGAAGAAACCGACGACUCGAUAAAGCCAAGCACAAAACGAGUAGAUUCAAGUUAUAAAUCUAAAGUUGACGAUGAUCAAAGUAGUAAGAGCAAAAGCAUGCGUAAAUCCGAUUCGAGGGGAUUUGAUAUAGAGUAUGCAGACGAAAGUGACGAUGAGUUUGAACCUCAAAGGUUCAAAAGUACGAUUUCAAGGUUCGGUGCAGAUUCAAGAAGUUACAGUGGAUACCAGGAUGAUGAGAGUGACGAUGGUUCAAGUACAGAAGGUGCAAAAUAGAGUGAUACAUAUAGAUACCAAUGUCUCAUGUAUAUCAAGUUCGAUUUUCUUCUAAUCAUAUUUUAAGCUUUUUAUCCAAAAAAGAAAAACUACUAUUCAUUAGCUGAUGAUAAUCGAUACCGAGGAUGUAACCAA